AUGACGGACAACGCGGAAGCGCAGGCCGCCCCUGGCGCCAGCGUCACCGCCCAAGAUGGCGCCCCGCAGCCGGCCCCCGCGGCCGCCGCGGGCGAACCGGCCAACGGCGCCCCGCCCGGCAAGACGCCCGCGGAGGUCCACGCGGCCGAGUCGAAGCGCCGCCAGGAGGACGAGAUCCUGCAGCGAGCGCGUCGCGUGCGCCAGAUGAAGGACGCGGUGGUGGCCCUGCUGGUCAGCAAGGAGAUGGUGCCGGCGUUCCUGAGUCAGCUCAACACGCUCAGGGGCGCGCAGGACGAGACGGGCGCGAGCGCGCUGCCGUGGGCGCAGUGGAACCGCGCGUGGGCCGCGCACGAGAACCGCCACUGCGACGUGCUCAAGCGCUGGCUGUACUUGUCGGGCCGGGCGGACGUGCGGGCCGUCGAGGUGCACGUGCACGCCCUGAUGCAGGCCGGCCUGGACACGGGCGCAGAGGGCCUGCCGUACGCCGGCCUCAUCAGCGCGGCGUUCCAGGUGCGACGGUGUCCCGCGAUGCGCCGCGAGGGGGAGUUUACACGACGUGCGAAGGCGCGGCGCUGCGUCGCCACGCAGCGAGUACGUGGACGACGACGCGUGUCAUUGGCCGCCCGUUGCGAUGUUGCUGCGCAGGAGCGGUGGCACUCGCGCGCGUUCUACGCCCUGAGUAAGGCGGCGGAGGCGGGGGGGGGGCCGACGCUCGCGAAGGCGUGCCGGGCGAUCUCGGAGGACGAGAAGCGGCAGGAGGUGGCGCUGUCGAGCGCCGUGACGCGGCUGUUCGAGGCGGACCCCGAGGGGGCCGUCAUCGCCAUGGCGCGCGCACACCAGGACGGCCGGCUGGGGGCGCUCGGGUCGCUGCGCGCCGCGCAACGCACCAUCGAGGCUCCGACGAGCGGCGCGGUGAGUGGUUCUUCUGUCCCCGCCACAGCACGCGUCUCGCGCCGCUCGCCGAGCACCUCGCGGCCUCGCCUGUCAGGGCAUGCUGUGUGCAAUGUGCGCUGUUGCUGUCGUUGCCGUCGCCGCUGGCAGACCCGCGGCGUUCGGCUGUCGGCGCAGGGCGCGGGCGCCGUUGCACGGUCGCUGGAGUGGAUCCGCGGGGCGUGGGGCGCGCUGGAGGGCAUCGAGGGGCUGCAGGGGGACGUGGAGGACGUGCGCGCGUUCAUCGAGGCCUGGGGCGUGCCGGUGCGCGCGGUGUCGUCGACGCAGGCCGCGGCCGCGCAGGACUACCUCCUGGAGGUGGACUCGGAGUGGUGA